AUGGCUAGCUUGGCGAGGCGCCUCCUGUUCCCCUGCGGCAGGCAGAGCUUCCUCCGACCCCGGCCCCGGCUCCAGGCCGCCGUCGAACCGCAAGCCACGAGCGCGACCCGUUUCUUCACCACGUCCCUCCGCCUCCGAGCCGCCGCGCCCAAGUCUGCGAAGCCUCUGCCACGCGUCUCGAAAGCCAAGGCGCCGGCGGCAUCACCUGCUCCGGCCGCCGCGCAGCAGGCCACGACCCUCGCGCCGAGCCGAUAUGCUUUCAUCAAGCACCUCGCGACCAAGCCGACACCUACUCUCCUCUACGAGGCGCCGUCGCACUUUUGGUUCUACUUUGGCUGCUGGACCAGCGGGCUGACGCUGAUAUCCUGGACCGUGUUUACGGGCCCGACCGUCGUCAACCAGCCCGAGGGCGUGCCCAAAUGGGUCGGCGUCGUCUACGGCGUGGCCUACGUCCUCCUCGGCUGCAUGGGCUUCUACCUCAUCAGUAAGACGCCCAACAUUGUCGGCUCCAUCCGCGUGCUGCCCGCCGCCUCCGGGGCCGCCAGCGGCCCGGUCCUCGAGGUCAGCGUCAAGCGCAUGAUGCCGCUGCUGGCCCCCAAGGUGAUGACGGCGAGCCUGGACAAGGUGGCGCUCAAGUCGCGCUUCUCGCUGCCGGACGAGUACGUUCCGGAGCUGAAGCGCCUCGAGCACCAGCGCACGGAGAAGGCGCGGCGCGCGGAGCUGCGCAGGAUCGACGUGGCCAACCUCCUGACAAUGCCGUUCCGCCGGAUGGGCCGCGGGCUUGUCAACAUGUUUCGGGGCGUCAAAGCGGCGUGGACGGACCUGGGGCUCGGGCUCAUACGGGUGGACGGCAAGGAGUUCAAGGUGGACGUGAUGCGGGGGUUUUCGCACGACGGGUUCCGCACGCUGGAGCGCCUCGUCAAGAUAGGGUGGAAAUGA